AUGCCCCAAACCCCCCCACCCCAGCCCAAAUCUGACGCAAAGCCAACAUCAUUUGGCAGAUCCUCCCUAACCUUACGAACCCCAACAAAGGGGCAAUUGCAAGAUAACAAUAGACCCCCACAGGACGCUAAACCCGUGGCAAAAAAAACGGUUAAAAGAAAACCAACCGUCAUGUCCUACUACGACGAUGACAAUGACAAGGAAAACUUGGACAAAAACUUAAGUUUGCCUGAACUAUCACCUAUCACUAAAGAAAACCUGCUGAAAGAGUCAGCCAAGCUCAACUCGAAUAACAUUUCACCAACCAUCUUGGCAAAAAUAGAUCUACUCUUUCCAAAAAAAGCCGCAGGGGCAAGCAAUAAUCCUAAAUCCACUACACACUCUAUAGAGACGAGCAAAACGAACCCUGGCGACCCAACAUCCCCUGAACAAAUCGAAAUUGCCCGCCUUCAAAGGGAAAAUUCCAGGCUGGUUGACAUGCUGGAGAAAAUGUCCAAGCAAAUUGACGCCCUGCAAAAUCAGGUUGCCACCUUGAUUGCCCAAAAUUCAAAUAAGCCCAGCGGCUCUGUAACACCUCAGAACUCUCAGCAUAGCCCAAUGGAAAUCUUGGCAUCCUCUCAACCAGCAGUUCUUACCACCCCCAAAACUCUCACUGGUAAAAACACAAAGAGAGCCAAGAAGAGGAAAAUUAAAGACACCAACACAACCUUGGAAUCCAACGAAUCUUUCGAAUCAGUCCCCACCCCAAAAACAGGAUACAUCCCCCCAACACCGCAAAUUCCUUUAAAAAACUUGCCUUCAACUAGCACAGGAAUCUACAAGGCCCCUGCUAUGGUACAGAAACCAAAUGCAGAACCAGCACCGAGUAAGAUUCCGCCUAUUGUGCUACGCAACAAAUCCAGAUGGAUCAUGAUAGCGAAGAAGUUUGAAUCCAGGAAAUGGGCCUUCACCAAGGCUAUUAGCACAGCUGAGGGCAUCAAGUUCUUCCCAUGCACAUCGGACAUCUUUAGAGCAAUCACACGAUUCCUCUCUGACAACGGCGAGGAGUACCACACAUAUUCACUCCCUGAAGACAAAUUACUACAGGUAGUCUUACGUGGUAUUCCCACCGAGAUUCCCAUAAAAGAUAUCGAAGCAGAACUUGUAGCCCUUGGCUACAACCCGUCCGGCCUCAUUAGGAUGAAGAAAGGCCCACAAAGACUCCCUAUGCCCUUGCUGAUCGUCAAGGUUCCAAAAGAUCAGACCUCAAUUUACCAGCAAAGUUUCACGAUCCCCAUUAACGGGCGGAAAAAACCCCCCAAUACAAACAAAAAAAAAAAGAAAGGUGAAGAGAAAAAUGACGAUGCCCACAAAGGCGGAGAUCCGGGAAAACGAACUACAGGAGGAAAAAUCUCUCCAAAAAUUCAGGAAAAGAUCACCCAGUUCCAGAAAACAUCCACCCAAACACCCGGCUUGGACGAAGAAAAACAGCGUAUGACUAAAGAAAAUCUAAGACUUGCCUGUCUGGUCGAUAAUCUAACCAAGCAAUUAGCGGCCCAGACCGAGCUUCUAACAAGACAGAGUGCCCAGAUUGAACAGCUACAAAUUCAACUGGCACAACUAGUUGCAAACCAAAACAAAAAAGCCCAUCUUGAAGAUUCGGAGGAUAAUGACAUUGAAAAUGCACCCAGCAAAAGGAAACGGAGAGAGAACUGUUCCCCAAAACCCGCUACCACGGCAUCCUUGACUGAUUUUCCACCUCUGCGAUACACUCCUCCAAAGCAGCCCAGCCUCCCUUCUCAGGUGGCAGGAAAUUCCCAAGUAACAACAUCACGGGCUGCGGACAAGCCUGCGUCAGGCUACACCCCACCGGAACAGCCCAACCACAAUGCCCAUCAGACCUCCAUGGACACUGACCAAUUAGCAGAGGCAAACAAAGCAACAACAUCCGCUGCGAACAUGCCAGCCCCCUCUGACACUCCAGUCAACCCAGAAUAUGUACCCCCAAGCAGGGCACAACUGCAAGACCAGGAAAAUACCAAGACCAGCCAACAAGUUCCUCCAAUCAUACUCCGAACCAAGGAACGUUGGACCAUGGUGUCCAAAGAACUUAAACAUAAAGGCUGGCAUUAUUCCAAGGCGAUCAACAUUCCAGAGGGUGUCAAGAUCUUUCCGGACACCGUGGAUGCAUACCGUUCGAUAACGAAAUUCUUCCAAACCAACGGUGAGCAAUUUCACACCUAUAUGCUCCCGGAAGACAAGCUGCUGCAAGUUGUAAUCCGCGGCCUUCCUGUUGAAAUCGAUAUUAACGAAGUAGCUACGGAAAUCAAAGAAUUGGGCUUCCAUCCCCAAAACUUAAUUCGAUUGAAAAAAGGUCCUGAGCGAAAGGUCAUGCCACUAAUCUUGGUAAAACUCCCAAAGAACGAAGCUGCUUUCUAUGAUACUAAAACCUUAUGCGACAUGAAAAAGCCCUGUGCUUAUACAUAUAAGAUUCAAAUUCUGACCAAGAUUCGAGUUCCUUAG